GUUAAUUUUUGCUCUUAGACCCCUAAAAUUUCGUGAACUUUUCGAACCGCGAGGCGCGAUGAUCCGCAGUUCUCUUGGUGGAGGAGAUGCCCCACCAUCGGCUGAAUCCAAGAAUAAUGAAGCACGAUUGAAUGUGUAUGCUCAGGUUGCGACAUUUACCAUUCUCGCUGUUGUGAUCAGAGCAGAUUGUGUUACGAUGGUGGCCUCUCCCGCCGUGAAUGGCGAUGUAGAACCCCGAAAAGAAGACAUGGAGAUCGAAGCGAACUCAGAGAAUGGCUCAAUUAAAAAUGAGCCCAGGAGCCGCAGCGUGAGUAGGUCAAGGAGUCGGAGCAAGAGCGUGGAACUUUCUCGUUCGCGUAGUUCAUCGCGUGGUCGGAAGCAACGCAAAUCUGCUGCUUCUUCGACUCGGGUAGUGCAAGUCACGAAUAUCGCCCCGCAGGCCACACGUGACCAAAUGCAGACUUUGUUCAGUUUUAUUGACAAGAUUGAAGAUAUUCGACUUUAUCCCACUGUGCGGGAUGUUUCGCAUCCCGUGCAGAGUCGAGUGUGCUACGUGAAAUUUAACAAGUCGGAAAGUGUUGGAGUUGCGCAACACUUGACGAACACUGUGUUCAUCGACCGUGCGAUCGUUAUCAUUCCUGAACCGACCGGUGAGAAUGUUACCCCACAACAGCUGUAUCUUUAUAUUUCCAUUGGAGAAAUUCCGGAUGAAUCAAAAGCGUUAGCUUCUGUUCAGGGUGGGCUUUCUGGUCAGCUAUCUGACUCAAAAUGCCCCUCGUAUGUCGUUACUUCGGUUCAGGGAAUUCCUCCGCAUCAGCAAUUCCUUACUGUUGACCCAACCCUCGCCGCCAAUGGUUUACCCCCGUACCCCCCUUUGUCGGCUUCUUUCGAUCUCAAUCGUGUUGACGAAAUUCGUCGCACCGUAGCGGUUCUUGGGCUUUCUUCGAAUAGUAGUGCCGAAAAUGUGGUAGAAUUUUUUGGACGCGCUGGAGACGUAAAAUAUGUGCGUUUGGGACAGAAAACUUCGGAACCCAAUACGCGAGCUGCACUUGUAGAAUUCGCUGAGCAGCCGUCGAUAAUAGCUGCAUUGCGCUUGGGACUGAGUGGUGAAGCCGUCAUUGAUGGUCAACGGGUCGUUGUGACGCAUGCGACCCAGUCAAUACUGAAGCCGCAGGCAAAAUCGAAUGAGGCCGCUCAGAAGGAAAUCGAAGAAGCAAUGAAAAAAGUUCAAGAAGCUCAAUCCAUGAUGACUAAUACGAUGGAUCCAGAGCUGAACGCGCUUUCUGUUUUGGGAUUGAUUGGACAAGAUGGCAAAGAAGCCUCUCGAAGUCGAUCGAAAUCUAGGAAGCGUUCUGUUUCUCGGAGUAGACGAUCUCGAUCGCGUCGUCGAUCAAAAAGUAAAGGGAGAUCGUCAAAAAGUCGAAGACGGUCUUCGUCGCGAAGCAGAAAGCAUCGUUCAAGAAGCCGGGGUCGCAGAAGACGAUCCCGUUCGCGUCGUCGCUCCCGUUCGAAGCGGAGAUCGCGGUCUCGCGGACGUAGAUCACGUUCCCGAAAUCGAUCUAAGCGUAGUCGUUCUCGAUCGAAACGUCAUGACAAAGAAAAGACUCGAGAGAAGGAUCGGGAUGCGAAGAGUAGUAAAGAACGUUCGAGUCGACGCCGUAGCAAGGAACACGAAGAAAAACGUGAUAAAGACAAGGAUAAGUCAAGGGACAAAGACCGGGACAAGGAUAAAACCAAAGGUAAGGAGGAAGAACGGGAUGCGAAGAAGAAUAAGGAAACGACGAAGGGGAAGGAUUCGAAGGAGAAGCAAGACGAGAAAAAGGAAGAAGAGAUUGAGUAUGGCCCUCGACCACCGGGAGAAUCCUCUCGAGACGUCGACAACGCUGAAGAGGAUGCGAAUUCAUCUGAUGGCGAUCGUGAUGAGCCCAAAGAAAAGGAAGGAAGCGUCGAAGAAGAAUCCCCUUCUAAAUCUCGAAGCGGUGAAGUGGUUGAAAAACUUGAUUCGACUGGUGAUGCUGAUACAAGCAAGGACCUAACUGAAGAAACUGAAGAAGCGGCGGAUAAAGAAGAACACGGACGAGGGGAUAACAGAGACAAGGCUGAUGUCGAUGAAAAAUCCGAUAAAGGCGAAGAAAGUGCUGCUGAGGAAGACGUUAAAGAAAAGAGUUCGAGCAAAAAGGAGAAAAAGUCGCGAACGGAACGAAGUCGUGAAUCCCGGUCUCCUGCUCGAAAAAGGCGGCGGUCGCGCUCUACUUCAAGGUCACGUCGUCAUCGCAGAAGAAGUUCGAGUCGAAGUCGCAAAUUGAAGGAGAAAGAGAAAGAAAAAGAGAAGGAAAAGGAAAAAAGGCGAAGGGAUCGCAGAUCUAGCCGCAGCACGUCGCGUUCUCGUCGUCGACGAUCUCGCAGCGAGUCACGAUCUAGGACUCGCCGCAGUGAGAAAGAAAGUUCUCGUCGAGGAGAAAGCUCCAGAGACAAGAAAGACGAGAAACGAAAGAAAGAUCGUCAUCCGCCCAAGAAGGCAGUGAAGCGUGAUUACGACGAGGAAGAACGGGUUGGUUUGGAGGAAGUCGAUACUGAGCGCGCCGGCUCAGACGAGGACAUGGAAACGAGAGAACCCGAAGGAUCCAAGAAUCGACGUGCCUCGUCUAGCCCGGAAUUGGGUAAAGGGGAUAAUGACGGCAAUGUUGAGCGUGAAGAACCGAGGGCAUCUUCGAAGAAGAAAAAGAAGCGCAGUCGAAGGGACGAAGAAAGUGACAUGGAGGUCAGCGACGACUGAUCCGGGCGCGGAGCGAUGACAGUUCAAGUUUUUCUCUUACCGACUGAAUCUUGUUCGUACGCGUGUCUCCGUGUGUAUUGGAAAAAGUCAUACUUUAAAACUGCGAUUUUUACAGCACUCUCGCGCAUCUUUAAAUUCGUUUCUGUUGGACUGUCGCAGCUCAUCGAAGUUUCUUCAAAGUGUCGUUCGUUGUAAUCCGCGAUUGGGUUCAGUUUGUAAGAAACUUCUGGUGUGUGAAAGGGAAAAACAAAAUGCUUCUUCGGA